CCUUUAUUAUAGCGUACCUGCUUUAGGUGCCUCAUAAUUAAAUAGGGCAGUUGUAUUGAAAGAUACAGCCAACUCCUUUAACAUUCUUAUUAAGUCCGAAGUUUGACAAUUUCAACCGUCUAAUCCUACAAUCAUCAACAGUCAAGGGUUACGAGACAUGUAUGAUCCUUUGUGCUGUAAAGAGCAAGCCAUCAGCCAUCAGCCACCCUUCAUCCUUUAAUACUACAAGCUAAUUCAUUCAGCUCUCGAAGAUGUCUAUUACUAGAUGUCUUCUUCACCCUCCUCAUCAUAAUCAUAUUCUAAAUGUCCACCUGUAUCACCAUAUCUAACCAUAAUGUUGUGGUACCUAACCAUCUUCACUUCCCUCCUCGCAGCCUCGGUGCUUGCAGAUAAGCAGAGGCGACAGGAUGGGACGGACCCAACCCAGCCCGUAGGAACAAAUCCGAUCUCGAAAUUCGAGACGAAAUAUCUCGGCCAGCAGAACCCGAAUAACAGCUGCAGUCAUCGCGACUUAGGCUUCACGGGUGAACUUCAGGGGAAAUGGUACGCCGUAUACGGCGAUACGCUGUGGUGCGCGUCCGGCGUAACGGACCCGGCUAGUGAUCCCGCCGGCUUCCAUGGUAUUGUCAGGGAUGCCGUGUCGCUUAUGACGGACGAUCCCCUUGUUGUGGUGGACUUACAUCUUAAUGAUGAUACCCCCGUUCGGCACCAGUUGCAGUUCGUCCCUUUUAACACCGCUUGGGGCGAGGACAACACGUAUGGGUUCGGUGGCACGAGUCUAUUUGAGACUGCUAACGGAGCGGGUGGUGUAUUCUAUCUUGUCAACGCCAACGACGCUGGUCUAAAGGGCACAGGAGUCGCAAAAGUAGAGCUCGUAAACGGUGAGCCAACGGUAAUCCAACGCUUCGGGGAUAAUGGGUACUGGUGGCCAUCGGACAGCACACCUCGGUAUGGCGACGUCGCUGCGUUCCGGGACCCGCGGUCCGACUACGUGUAUGCGUGGGGCGGAGCGCCGACGUCUAUCACGGAUUCUAUCGGCGCUCAGUACGUAUACCUACUACGCGUCAAAGCUGCCGAUGCGUACGACUUGGAUCGGUACGAGUAUUGGUGGGGUCCAGACGGUUGGAAGAUGGGACAACCGUUGACGGAGUUUGGUGCGCAGAGGGCGGUCGCCUGGUUUAUCGGUCAGGGGCAGCUCGUAUGGAGCGAGUUUUAUGAGUGCUAUAUUUUCGUGCAUCUAAGUCCCGGUGGCUCCGAUGUGCUUCUACGUACUGCAACGUCCCUGGAAGGACCGUGGACUCCUGAUGUGAAAGUAUAUACAGCAACUCCUAUCGACGGCGGCUUGACAUAUGCCGGCGUUGCACACCCCUAUCUCAACCCUAGCGGCCAAACGCUAAUAGUCUCGUAUACCAAUAAUAAUCAUAUCGAACUACUCAAGGUCACGUUUUCGAAAUAGAAAAUUUUGAAUAUAGAGCGUGGCCUUAUUUUGAUGUUCCAAUAUGCGAAAGAUGGUAUAAACAAAGAGAGUCACUUUGAACAGCAGACUCAAUGCAACGAGUAGUUGGAAAUACCAGUUCAACGGAUGAUAGCAAGCAC